AUGGAAUCCACCCUGGUGUCAGCAAACACAAAAGUGAUAAAAAAGCGAAAAUACAGCAGGGGAGGAUGUAAAGAAUGCAAGAGACGAAAGAUAAAAUGUGACGAAGCAAAGCCAAAUUGCCAUACAUGUGCUAGGUUGAACAAAUAUUGCGUCUAUCCAUCCUCCGUAUCCUCAUCUACUCAAAAGAUCCUGUUUGAAGACCCGCAGAUUGUACUUGUUGAAGGAGGUAACCAGCGAAUAUCCAAUGGAAGGAAUCGAUCUACACAGUCUGGUUCAAAUGUGCAAUCACCCAACUUGCAUCGCGACUGGAGUAAUCUACUAGUGGACCUGCCACUGCACCGAGAACCGCAUCCGAAUAGUCUACUACCUCAUCCACUCAAGUUGUAUCAAGUCAAUCACAGCCACAUGAGGUCACCGAUAUCAUCCAGAUCACUAACACAUGAUACCACGUCUUUGUCCAAUGUUGAUGUUGAUUUGGACCGCACCACCAGGUUGAACUCGCAUCUACCGCAGCAACCCCAUGUAAUGCACCCACAACAUACGGAAACAGAGCCGUCUUCCCACGAGCGCAAAGGGUACAAAAUCUCCGAUAUCUUAUCACCAGAUAUUGAUUUCUUGAAUGACUACAAUUGGGGAAGUAUUGCACCUGAUGAGGUUCGAAAUCUAUUUGGGGAUGCAAAUGUUUUAGUCCACGACUCAUUGGAGAUAUUUGGGUUUGAACAAUUCAAACACUUUACCGAUUUGGAUGAUGAUGACGGGUUUAAUCGCGGCGACGAUUUUAACUACUCAAAUAGUGUUCAUGGAUCAGAAGAGCUACUGUCAAUACCCGACUUCCCCAUGAAAGAGCUUUCACACAAAUCCGAAUCACAGCCUAUUCUUGAUUCGAGCCACAAAUCAAACAAAGAGUUGAUUGAAUCCACUUUUGAUGAUGUGGACUUUGCAGGUCCACAUGAAGUGUAUUUGAACAAGUUGACCGACACUGAAUUGGGGUAUCACUUGUUUCCUUUUGCUCAUGGUAUAGGCGCAAAUGCAGUGUUGAAGAUUUUGUUAAAAUAUCUGCAAGGAUGUUCGUAUUUGCUCACUGCAUUAUUGUCGAGCUCUGCUACUUUUCAAUUCAUACAGAGUAGGAAACCAGUGCACGAACAAAACAGGUCCAAAUACACUUCAAUUUGUCUAAAGCUACUCAGUGAUGCUUUCCCCAAACCAAAUGAAAAAUCCUCCUCCAUGGCAAACGAUAUCGAAAAGUUGCUAUUAACUAUACUAAUUUUAACAUCGUGCUUUACGGCGACUGCAUAUUUCCAGCAAGAGUCUGCUCCAAAUUCAACUAUAAUGCUUUCUUGGAAGACCCAUUUGCGAGGAGUAAAAGACUUGUUGUUGAAGUACACAGAGCUCACCAAGUCUUCAAGUAGAGCUUAUAUCUCAGAUGGGUUGGCAUUAGCCAAAAGCUGGUUUUUUUCAAUCGAGGCAUUGGCAGAAUUGAAUGACCCCUUGGGCGGAACAUUGCAUUAUCUGAAGGAAAAUAUAUCGCAAGUUGUUGAUAUCAUUGCGACCGAUGCAGAGCACGACCAUUCUGAAUUGAGCAGAAUAUGGUUGCAAACGGGCUAUUUCAGUCGGGAUCGAAAUGCAGAGUACCACGAUGCCUUACUCAAGAUCAAUUUACUCACAGCACAGUAUCCCAACUUGGUCCAAUUUAAUUUGUUCAAUGGGUACAGCAUCAAUGUUGUGCGAAUAAUUGAUGAAGUAACCAAGUGUUUGGAUUUACUUCGAGCGCAUAACAAUGUACAAGUAUCUGGGUUUAGAGUAGCUAAAGUUGUGUCAUUGAUUGCACAAGGAAGAGAUUGUUCUGUUGUUCCAAUGGUUAACAAGACAACAUUUGAAAUACCCAUCGAAUCUAUUGGGCACCCAAAUUACCCCAAACUAGAGCGCAUCUCAUUUCCAGCGUCAUGCUACGCUAGAGAAACGUUACCCGAUGGCAAGGUUGUAUGCUACUCGUGGUUUGAUUGGAGUGAACAAAUGCAUAUUGAGUCACUCGCAUUGAAGAUUUACAUCACACAGGGUAUUCUCAAGCUACCUAAAAGCCAUCCCAUUAUCAAAGAGUUGAAAAUACGAAUCAUUGACUCAAUGUUUUUCAUCAAAAGAAAAAGCGGCGACUCGAGUGGGUACGCCAACGACGUUUAUCUUGCGCUGGAAAAGUAUUACGUUUCAAAGACUUUAUUUGACGAAAGGGCACUCAUGGCGCAAAGUACAUUUCGUCAGUGUUUGCAAGUUCAGUUGAAUGACGACGAUUUAGAGAAGUUGACGCUAUAUUUUAAAGCAUUGGCUAAGUUGGGCAAUGGAAGCGCAUUGAUUGCAUUGGAGAUGAUCAACAAGUCGAGCUUAAGAUCGAAACGCACAGCUGGAGUAGAUGAGAACAACGAGUCUCGUGGUGAGAGAUUGGAAAUUGUUGACAGCCCUGAUGACGAUCAAACAAAUAUGGAGUUCAUACCAUAUUCGUAG